AUGUCCGUUCGAGACCCCGUCCCCGCCAUGUCCGCCGCCCUCAAGGGUGCCCAGAUCUACUUUGGUCCAUUCCUCGUCACCUCCCAGGUCUUCCACGUCACCCCGCUCUCCUUCGCCCUCGUAAACCUCAAACCCAUCCUCCCGGGCCACGUACUCGUUUCCCCGCGCCGGCGCGUUCCCCGCGUCGCGGACCUGACCGCCGCCGAAACGACCGAUCUCUUCCUCACCGUGCAGCGGGUCGGCAAGAUGGUUGAGCGCGUGUACGGCGCGUCGAGUCUCAAUAUCGCUGUGCAGGACGGGCCGGAGGCGGGCCAGAGCGUGGCGCAUGUGCAUGCGCACAUCAUCCCGCGGAAACGGGCGGAUCUAGACCAUCGGGGUGGGACGGAUGCAGUGUAUGAUCUGUUGGAUGGGGAGGAGGGGGAUCUAAGGCGGGUCUUUUUGGAGGAGAAGGGGGCGCAGGACGGGCAGGGCGAGGGCGAGAGGAGGCCGAGAGCGAAGUUCCCUGCAGUUGAUAACGAGAGGCGGUCGCCGAGGAGUAUGGAGGAGAUGGAGGCUGAGGCGGAGAUGUUGGCGAGGGAGAUGGAGAGGGAGGUUGUGGAGUGA